AAGAAAGGGUAAGAAACUGGUUCCCUAUCCAUAUAUUUACAGAUUCUGAGACUUGGCAGACUGCUCUCACAUGACUAACCUGCUAAAUAAAAAGAAAAAAAACCCAUUUCUUCUGCUGAUCUGCAUACUCUGUCACCCCCAUUUUCACCAGUACUACCACCAUACUCCAAUUCCUAUCUCUAACCCUAACCCUAACUUUCUCUUCCUUUCUUUUUCUUUUCCUUUUCCUUUUCCUUUUUAUUAUUUUUUAUUUUUUUUUAUCUACAUCAACACAAACCCAUUUCACUUUACUCAAUUACCCAGUAUCUCUCUUUGCACCUUUUCCGACUUUCUUGCAUUAUUCUGGCUCUCCCAACCAUGGAAGCUUUUAGCUUGCUCAAAUACUGGAGAGGGGGCGGCGGCGGCGGCAGUAGUGUCGUUCUUGGCUCUGCUAAUCCCACUCUUAACUCACGCGCCACCACCAUUGUCACUCAAAACCCCAUUGAGACCGAUGACGACGACGAUGGCGAAGAUGACGAUGAUGGUCCUUUUUUCGACUUGGAGUUCGACGUGCCCGACGAAGAAGAAGAAGAACAAAGCAGUAAUAGAGUUAAUGGUGAUACUGAGUCUGACGAGGAGGAGGAUGAUUGUCAGUUUAAUUUCACGCUGAAUGAGCGUAUUGAUCAAGAUGUUUCGGUUUCACCUUCUGAUGAUUUAUUUUUCAAAGGAAGACUCGUUCCAAUUGAGCCUUCUUCUUCUUCUUCCUGUUCUUCUGUAAUCAUUGAUGCCUCAGAGCCUAAUUCGAAGCCUCAGUUCCCAGUUUCUUUCUUGAAAUCCGCAACUAAAUUUCGAGUCUUCAUGUUAGGAUUCAAAAAGUCCAAAUUAGAGAAACCAGUAAAUGAUAAGCCAGCAUCAGAGGCUAAUAAUGAAACAGCGGCUUCUAGUACUAGUCCUAAUAAACAGAGUCAACAACAAGAAGAUGAGAAAGAAGAGGAAGCAACAAAACAGAACAGGUUUUUUACUGUCAAGUUUAAGGUAGAAGAAGUGCCUAUCGUUUCUCUCUUCACGAGAGACAACAGUAAAAGCGCUAAUAAAUCGCACAAGCAAACUAAUAUACAGGAAACUGCCACUGCUAUCAGCGCGCCAUCUUCAGAUGAGAAACGAUUUUCAAAAGACGUAAUGCAGAACUAUUUGAAGAAGAAAGUCAGACCACUUUAUAUUCGUGUUUCGAAACGCUAUGCAGACAAGUUAAGCUCAGAUUCUGGACCCAAACAACCACCUCCUUCAACGGCGGUUACAGCCCAGAAUUCUUCGCCAACAACAGUAAUUGCUGAGAAGAAGCAACCGGAGACGGAAAUAACGGCUGCAGUGAGCAAUGUGAAGAGCUUGAAACAAGCAGGACUCAGAGUUGUGUGUAAACAUUUGGGGAAAAGCAGAUCAGCGUCGUCUGCGGUGGCGGCGGCUCCGUCAUCGUCGUCAAGGAGAAGGGAUGAUUCGCUGUUGCAACAACAGGAUGGAAUCCAAAGUGCUAUUCUUCACUGCAAAAGAUCAUUCAAUGCCUCUAGAGAUUGUGAUUCUUCUCUGUUGUCAAGGUCAGUAAGCGAUCCAUCCCAUGAAUUGUCAAGGAAAUCAUCAGGUGAAGCGAAAGUUUCUCGAAUUCAAAGUGUUUAAUUAUCCCAGAAAGGCGGGAAAAUUGGGUCUGAUAUUAUCAGAAUUGUGUUGAUAAAUAUAGCGUAGUAUUGUAUGUAUUUUCAGGUUUCUUUAGAUGUGGCGAUUCUGUAGCUAGGAAUUAAGUUAUCAUCAGUUCAUUAGUCCAUCAUUUUCUUCCAUUUCUGUAAAUGGGUAUCUUUUUUUUAUUACUUAAGAAAAAAAAAACAAUGUUAUGUGUUUUUACUA